AUGCACCUCACGGAUAUGCUUAGGUGGGAACGAGAUGGACCUACCCAGCUCAUUGCGGCUCCUCCGGCCGAAAUCCGGCGACAAGGAAUUCGCCGAAUCCGAUCGGGAUCGACACAAAGUGUACCGAAACCGACUCAGACAGAUCCAGUAGCCGGAACGAUCGACCUGGAUAUUCUGUGGAUAUUCACCAGAAAUAAGCGGAAUCCUGCUUCCAAUAACCAUCGCCCUGGGAAGUAUUUUAUUUCAUCCGCAUUCCCAUCCUCAGGUUUGAGAAAUAACUAUCAUACGAAACGACAACAUCAAAACAUUCUCAUUUCGUCUGCUGAAUUACAUUUUUAG